AUGAGUGUCGUGCUUGAAGGCAACCGCCCCUCGUCUCUCAGGUGCUGCGAAAUGCACGCUCAUCAUCGCGUCUGUCAGCCCAUCAUCGCGUCUGUCAGCCCAUCAUCGCGUCUGUCAGCCCAUCAUUGCGUCUGUCAGCCCAUCAUCGCGUCUGUCAGCCCAUCAUCGCGUCUGUCAGGCCAUCAUCGCGUCUGUCAGCCCAUCAUCGCGUCUGUCAACCCAUCAUCGCGUCUGUCAGCCCAUCAUCGACCAUCAUCGCGUCUGUCAACCCAUCAUCGCGUCUGUCAGCCCAUCAUUGCGUCUGUCAGCCCAUCAUCGCGUCUGUCAGCCCAUCAUCGCGUCUGUCAGCCCAUCAUCGCGUCUGUCAGCCCAUCAUCGCGUCUGUCAGCCCAUCAUCGCUCAUUCCAUGUCCCCUCCUCGUCUCCUGCACGCCUUUCCUCUCGGUCCCAAGUCGGCUGUGAGAGCUCGAGUUUCGCCGAGCUCGUUAGGAGAGCUAAGGAGCCCAGAUUCGCAUUAGCAUACGACGCUGACACCUCGACGCGAUCGCAACGACGACGCGUGGCUCAUUCACUGCCUUCAAAUAGACUUGCCGAGAGCGAGAUACUCGCAAGACGACAGAUCACCACCCAGCGCAUGACAAACGAGCCUAGCUCCACCCUGCGUAAGUUACCCCUGCAAGCAUCUGCUAGACCAGCCACUCAUCAUCGAUGGCCACUCCUGCUGCUGGCCACCAAUGGCUCGCCAGUCACGCAUGAACGAGACGUCGACCGCUAUGAAGAUGGACACCUGCGCUCUGCGACUGCAUCCUGGACACCCAGAGCCCUCGGAGCCAGCAACCUCACCCUGCCUGCCGUCCCGACCCUCACCCUGGACACCCAGAGCCCUCGGACCCAGCAACCUCACCCUGCCUGCCGACCCGACCCUCACCCUGGAUACCCAGAGCCCUCGGACCCAGCAACCUCUCCCUGCCUGCCGUCCCGACCCUCAUCCUGGACACCCAAAGCCCUCGUAGCCACUGAUCUCACCCUGCCUGCCGUCCCGACCGUCACCCUGGACACCCAGAGCCCUCAUAGCCAGCAACCUCUCCCUGCCUGCCGUCCCGACCCUCAUCCUGGACACCCAGAGCCCUCUGAGCCACUGAUCUCACCCUGCCUGCCGUCCCGACCCUCACCCUGGACACCCAAAGCCCUCGUAGCCACUGAUCUCACCCUGCCUGCCGUCCCGACCAUCAUCCUGGACACCCAGAGCCCUCGUAGCCACUGA